CCUCUUUUAACCUGAAAUUUUUUCUGCCUCCACCCCCUCUCCCUGUCUAUCCUCUCGCUCUCCCUUCUCGCCCACCGUUUCGUCUUCUGUUCUUGGUUUUUGCCCUGUGAAUUUACGGUCCUGCCCCCGGGUGGGCCCCACAGCCGGCCUUUCUCUUUAUCUGUUUUUAUUUUUUUUCUCCCGAGACCAUCUGCCUCCCCCCUUGUUUUGGUUUGCCUUUAUUUUUUCUUCGUCCGCAGCCACAAGAGAGAGUGAGGGAGAAAAUAAAACUCUCUUUUUCUCCGUCCUUUUUUUCUUCUUUCCGACGGCUCGGCCCCCGCUGACGUGGCGAGGGACGAAGCGGAGCCGUCGAUAUGUCGCUCAGCGAGAAGCUGGAGGCGGCGCGUGCCGCUCUCGGCAAGCGCAAGGAGCGCGAGCGCGAGCUGCAGGCCGCGCAGGCGCAGGCACAGGCCCCCGCGCCGGCUAAAGCCGAGCCGGGCAAUAAGCCGGCUCCGGCUGGCCCCGCCGGCGGCAACAACAAGCUGCUGGCCGGCCACCUGGCGCACGAGUUCCUCGCCCACGGCACGCUCCUGGGGCGACGGAUCGAGCCGGGCCGCGCUGGGCCGGCUCCGGCUCCGGCUCCCGCGGCGCGAGCCGAGCCGGACCCGAAGAGGAGGUACGCCGAGGUGUCCUGGCUGCUGAGGACCAGCGGGGCCCACAUCCCCGGCGUCGUCAACCCGACGCAGCUCGGCCGCUGGCUGCAGAUUAAGGACUGACCUGCCGGCGGGACAGGUGCCGCGGCGCGCCGGCGCCAUUGGCCGGGAGCGCCGCCGAUCGACGGCGACCAGCGAGGCUUUUGUUCUGACCUGCUGCAGCUGCAAGAGAACCGGACCUGAUUCCUGCCUGCUGGAAACAUCACCAAGUAUUCAAGCGGUUUAGCCAUUUCCGCCUUCUCUGCUAUGUGCUCUCCUCCCCUUUUUUUCACAUAUAUUAGAUUCUCUCUAGAUCUAGCGAGAUCGAUGGAAACCUCCGCCAUGUACUAGAUUUUAUUUGACGCAUCGUUACAUUACAUUACAUACUGUUCUAAGUUUUCUCGUACUAGUAUCGUGUAUCCA